UAUUAGCUGCAGAAAAUUAGGUAUUCAGUAAGUUGCAUGACCAAGUUUUUGAACUUCUACAAAUUAAACAGAGCGAUCUCGUUUUACCCGUAUUUCCGUUCUUCUUGUUCAUCUCUCUUCACCUUCGUUUCUUAUAAUUCCAUUCCACUAUGUCUGUUAUUGGAGAGGCUGCUCUUUCUACGUUUUUGGAGCUAUUGUUUGACAAGUUGGUCAAUUCUGCACUCAACUUUGCUACUUAUCACAAGCAAGUUCGCGAGCAGCUCAAGGAGUGGGAAUCAAAGUUGCCAGAUAUCCAAGCAGUGCUGAAUGAUGCAGAGCAGAAGCAGAUCAAGAAUGAGCUCGUGAAGAAGUGGUUGGCGGAUCUGCAGGACUUGGCUUACGAUGCGGAUGACAUCUUGGACGAGUUUGCUUAUGAAGCUUUACGUCUCAAGCUCAAGCCAGCACUAGUAAGGUACGGCAACUACUUAUUCCUACCUGCUGUACUAGUACUUUCAGUCCAACUUCUUUUAAGUUUUCUGAUAAGAUGAUUCCCAAGAUAAAAGAGAUUAACACUAGAUUGGAUCGUUUGGAAAAACGAAGAAGUAGCUUGGGCUUGAGUAAGAUCAUGUCUGAAGGUGCAAGCUCCAAGGUAAUGAAAGCAAGGCCGCAGCCUACUUCUGUGAUGGAUGAAACUAUUGCAUAUGUUGGUAGAGACGAUGAAAAGCGAGAAAUGCUUGAAUUGCUCAAACGUAAUAACGGUGCUGAAGAUGGUGUUUCUGUCAUUUCCAUAGUUGGCAUUGGAGGGAUGGGUAAGACAACUCUUGCUCAGCUUAUUUACAAUGACGCCAGCAUACAACAUUCGUUUGAUCACAAGGCAUGGGUAUGUGUCUCUGAUGACUUUGAUGCCAUUAAGGUAACAAAGUCAAUUUUAAAAUUCAUCGCUCCUUCGGAGGCUUGUGAUGACAAUGACUUGAGUUUGCUUCAAGAGAAGAUAAAGGAGAAGUUAUCUGGAAAAAAAUUCUUGCUCGUUUUAGAUGACAUUUGGGAUAUAAGUUACAAUGAGUGGACUAUCCUACGAUCUCCAUUUGGGGUAGGAACAAAAAUUAUUGUGACAACUCGCUUUCAAAGUGUUUCAUCUAAUAUGGUUACUAUGAAAUCUUUCCACUUGGAUAAAUUAUCACAUGUUGAUUGUUUAUCUAUAUUUACUCAACAUGCAUUAGGAGCAAGGGAUUUCAAUGGACAUCUCGACUUUAAAGAUGUUGGGGAGAACAUAGUGAGAAGGUGCAGUGGCUUACCUUUGGCAGCAAAAGUCAUCGGAGGCCUAUUACGCACAACUAGAGAUCGUGGUGCAUGGGAAAAUAUAUAUGAGAGCGAGAUAUGGGAUUUACCAGAAGAUCCAUGUGGAAUAGUUCCAGCUCUGCGACUGAGCUAUCAUCAUCUUCCUCCACAUUUGAAACAAUGCUUUGCAUACUGCUCUAUACUUCCUAAAGAUUAUGAAUUUGAAGAAGAAGAAAUAAUCUUGUUAUGGAGAGCAGAAGGCUUACUACAACAGAAAGCUGGGAGUCAAUGUAGAGGUUUCGGUAGCCAAUGCUUCCGAGAUUUAGUGUCAAGGUCAUUUUUUCAAAUGUCUGAUAAAGGCGAAUCUUUGUUCGUAAUGCAUGACCUUAUCAACGAUUUAGCUCAAUUUGUUGCUGGAAAGAUAUGCUCCAAAUUUGAAGGCAAUAAACAACAGGAAAUUUCACGUCGCACUCGACAUUUAUCUUAUGUUCAAAGUGAGUUUGAUGGAGUGAUGAAGUUCGAAGCAUUUGAUCAAGUGGAGCAUUUGCGAACCUUUCUACCAUUAAGGUUGCAAAGGACAGGGACAGGUCUUUCUUUUUUGACCGAUGAUGCCCUUCAUAAGUUGUUGCCUAGACUUUCAUGCUUAAGGGUGCUUUCUUUUAGUGGGUAUUGGAUCACUGAGUUGCCUGAUAUUUUUGAAAAUUUAAAACAUCUACGCUACUUAGAUUUUUCUCGCACUCUAAUAAAAUGUUUACCUGAUUCUCUAUUUACCCUUUAUCAUUUGGAAACUUUGAAAUUGAACUGGUGCAUGCAACUUGAAAUAUUGCCUCCGGAGAUAGAAAAUUUGGUCAACUUGCAUUAUCUUGACAUCAGGGGUGCACGUUUAAUAAAAGGGAUGCCUUCAGGAAUUGGUAAACUAACCAAUCUUCAAAGGCUAUCUGAUUUUGUUUUAGGCGAAGAUGACGGUCAUCUUAUAAAAGAGGUGAAAAAUUUGUCAAAUCUCAGGGGUGAAUUUUGUCUUUCAGGAUUGGAGAACGUUGUUAAAGGUCAAGAUGCUUGGGAAGCAAAGUUAAGUGAAAAGUCAGAGGUUGAUAAGUUGGAAUUAAAAUGGAGUGGAGACUUUGGGAAUAAGAUAAGGAAUAAAGAAGUGGAAGAAGAGGUGUUGAACUUUCUUUGUCCUCAUAGAAAGAAGCUUGAGGAGCUCAGCAUUGUGCAUUAUGGAGGUGCAAAAUUCUCAGUUUGGAUAGCAGAUUCUUCCUUUGUAAAUAUGUUGUCUUUGAAGCUCAUCAAUUGUCAAAAUUGCAUAUCACUACCAUCAAUUGGAAAGUUGCCGAGGUUGAAAAAUCUUUACAUUGGGGGAAUGGAUGAGGUAAAAGAAAUUGGUGUUGAGUUCUUUGGAGAAAAUCAACCGAAUGCAUUUGCUUCAUUGGAGGAUCUGUGUUUUGAGGAUAUGCUAAACUGGAAGGAUUGGGACUCUUGUGAAUCUGAUGAUCAAGUUUCGAAAUUCCCCAAGCUUCGUCUGCUUUCAAUCCUAGAGUGUCCUGAAUUGUUAGGAAGGCUGCCUAAUUGUCUUCAUUCCUUGCAGGAACUUGUAAUUCGUGGGUGUCAGCAGUUGGUAGUUUCAAUUUCGAGACUUCCAUUGCUAUGUGAAUUAGAAAUACAUGGGUGUAAAGAAUUGAUGUAUAGCAAUUGUGUGGACGUUACCUCAUUGAAAAGAGUCUCUCUUUUAGGCAUUUCAAAGUUUGGUAUUCCACCGGAGAGGAUAGUGUCCACGUUGACUAAAUUGGAAAGUUUUCGCACUGGUGGCUGUAAGGAGUUGGCAUCUUUAUCGCAAAAUGGGUUAGGAUUCCUUGGGCAUCUAAGCUCCCUUCGCGACAUUGAAAUUUCUGACUGCCCCCAACUGGUGUCUUCAGAGACAGAGGAGGUGAACGAAGAGAAAUUGCAACUUGGGAAGAUUUCCAGUAUUGAAUCUCUGACAAUAAAAGAUUGUGAAAGGCUUAAUAGACUACCAAAAGCCUUGCAUAGUCUCACAUUCCUUGCAGAGAUUCAAAUUGGAAAGUGCCCAAGCUUGGUUUCUUUUGCGAAGAAUAAGUUGCCCCCUGCUUUAAAAAGGCUGAUGAUUUGGGAUUGUGAUAAUUUGCAAUAUUUGGUGGAUGAAAGAGAAAAUAAGAGUACGAGUAACGAAUGUCUUCUUGAGCGCUUGGAAAUUAGAGGGUGUAAUUCUCUAAUAUGUUUAUCAUCAAGGAGUGAUUUUCUCAUUCGGCUUGGAGAUCUCAGGAUUGAUUCUUGCCAAAAGCUGACUUCCUUAUUUUUAAAGUUACCUGCAACGCUUAAACUGCUACAAAUUUUUCUUUGUCCAAAGUUGGAAUGCAUAGCCCAAGAAUUUCACCAAGCCACUUGUCUUGAAUCUAUUCGGAUCUCCAGCUGUAUGAAUAUUAAAUCUUUACCGCAAGGAAUAGAGAAGCUCAGCCAUCUUCAGGAGAUUAGAAUUAGCAGGUGUCCAAAUCUGGUUUCUUUGGAACAAAUUGGGUCCCUCGCCAACCUCAGAAUCUUCACAAUCGAGGAUUGUGAAAAUUUUGGAGCCCUACCCAGGUGCAUGAAAAACUUCACCUCCCUUCAGGAAUUGAAUGUGUGCGGCUGUUCGGCUGACGUUUCCUUUCCAGAAGAGGGUUUCCCUUCCAACCUCACAUCUCUAGAAAUCUCCAAAGCACCCAAAAUUUAUGGGUCACUUGUUGAAUGGGGAUUGCAUAGACUCACCUCUCUCCGACAACUCCGCAUCGGGGGUGAAGGAUGCUCAGAUGUAGUGUCGUUUCCAGAAGAGAAGACAGGAAUGAUGCUGCCUCCUUCUCUAACCCAUAUCAGCAUAAGAAAUUUCGAAAAUUUGAAAUACAUGUUCUCCAAGGGCUUUCAAAACCUCACCUCUCUUCGAUCUUUGUACAUCUCUGAUUGUUCUAAGCUCAAUGCUCUUCCAGAUAAAGACAUGCUUCUCUCGGUUGAGGAACUACGCAUUCUUGAUUGUCCAUUGCUAAAAGAAAAGUGCAAAAGGGGUAAGCGACGAGAGUGGUCCAAGAUUGCCCACAUACCUUUGGUUGAGAUGGACGGCUUUGAGAAGGGAUGUAGUUUAUUAUGAUCAUCCUGAAGGAAUUAAAUGCAAAAUUGGCCCUUGCUCAAUCUUAAAACACAGGCGUUGCAAGCUAAAUUGGUGACAAAAUGGGAUUUUAAAAGAUCCGUUCAUGGAAAAGGGUGGAGCCAUCGAACUCUGCUUUAGCUUAUUUGAGUGAUAGAGUGGGAUUUGCCUAAUGUUCAAGAGCUUUGAGAACUUCACUGAAUGUUUGAGCGUCCUUUCUGGAAAGGACUUGCUUUCUCUCUUCUCCAAUUAUGUAUUUUUUAUGGCUUUUCUCCGUACAAGUUAACAGCGUAGAAGGGAUAAAGGAUGGAUUGAUUGAAGAUAGUCUUCUGCUUUAUGCUUGUACUAGUAACAGCUUAUUUGUUAUCUGGGAGGAAAAAUGGAAUCUGUUUGAUCUCACGAGGGCAAAACUGGGAGAAAACUAGUGAAUACACCCUAUUUAAUCAGAGUUUCAACCAAAGGAUGUUUGGAUAUGUGGUCAGCUCCAAAAUCUGUAAUAGAUAUCCUCCAAGGGUUUCAAAAUCUCAACCCUCUUCAUUAUUUGUACAUUUUUGGGCGCACAUCUCUUCUGAAAAAAGACAUGCUUCUCUCAUUUGGACAACUAUCUUUGCUAAAUAAAUAGCGAUAAAGGGAUAAAGUAUGAGAAUGGUCCAAUUUUGCCCCAUAACUUGUGUUGUAAUUGUUGGUGGAUGCGUCAUCACAAUUUUCAAGGCAGCCCUGAUUUUCUCAUGCUUAUACCAAAGCCAAUUUGAAGCUUCAAAGCUAAAUCUUGAGAAAGGGUGUUCUAUCACUCUAUUUGAAGGCACUUUAAACUCUACAUUGGUGGUGAAGGAUGCUCAGAUGUGGUGUCAUUUUCAAAAGAAGAGAUAGGAAUGAUGCUGCCUCCUCUAACCCAUCCUGGCCAUAUCUCCAUAGGAAAUUUUGAAAAUCUGAAAUACAUGUUCUCCAAGGGCUUUCAAAACCUCACCACUCAUCAAUCUUUGUACAUCUCUGAUUGUUCUAAGCUCGCAUCCAAGGGCUUUCAAAACCUCACCACUCAUCAAUCUUUGUACAUCUCUGAUUGUUCUAAGCUCGCAGUCCUUCGUGAUAAAGACAUGCUUCUCCAGCCCGAGGAACUAUGGUUUCGGGAUUGUCCAUUGCUAAAAGAAGAGUGCAAAAGGGGUAAAGGACGAGAGUGGUCCAAGAUUGCCCACAUAAUUGAUUGGGAUAGGAUCAUCCUGAAGGAAUUAAUGGAAAGUCGGCCUGAUUCCCAACUCUCAAACCACAGGCUUUGAAAGCUAAAUUGGUGACAAAAUGGGAUUUCAAAAGAUCCUUUCAUGGAAAAUGGUGGAACCAUCGAACUCUGCUUUAGGUUAUUCGAUUGAUAGAGUGGAUUUGUUCAAGAGCUUUGUGAACUUCACUGAAUGUUUGAUCAUCCUUGCUGGAAAGGAAUUGCUUUCUCUCUUCUCCAACUAUGUAUUUAUGAUGGCUUUUCUCAGUAAAAGUUAACAGCGUAGAAGGGAUGGAGGAUGGAUUGGUUUAAGAUAGCCUUCUGCUUUAUGCUUUUACUACUAACAACUUAUUUGUUAUCUGGGAGGAAAAAUUGAAUCUGUUUUAUCCCACAAGGACAAAACUGGGAGAAAACUAGUGAAUACACCCUAUUUAAUCAGAGUUGCAGCCAUAGCCAAAGCUUCAAAACUAAAUCUUGACAGAGGGUGUUCUAUCAUUCUAUUUGAAGGUUCAAUAGUACCUGAAAGGCUUCACCUUUCUUUUUUCCACCACAUUUACGUUUACACUGGCAACAUCAAAGUCCGAAGUUUAACCAUUCAAAGAAAAAUGCCUGUAUAACUACAGACGUGGUGUUUACAGGCAUUUUAAACUCUGCAUUGGUGGUGAAGCAUGCUCAGAUGUGGUGUCGUUUCCAAAAGAAGAGAUAGGAAUGAUGCUGCCUCCUCUAACCCAUACAGGCCAUAUCUCCACAGGAAAUUUUGAAAAUCUGCAAUACAUGUUCUCCAAGGGCUUUCAAAACCUCACCUCUCUUCAAUCUUUGUACAUCUCUGAUUGUUCUAAGCUCACAGCUCAUCCUGAUAAAGAUAUGCUUCUCUCGCUGGAGGAACUAUGGUUUCGGGGUUGUCCAUUGCUAAAAGAAGAGUGCAAAAGCGGUAAAGGACGAGAGUGGUCCAAGAUUGCCCACAUAAUUGAUUGGGAUAGGAUCAUCCUGAAGGAAUUAAAUGGAAAUUCGACCCUGAUUUCCCCACUCUCAAACAACAGGCUUUAAAAGCUAAAUUGGUGACAAAAUGGGAUUUUAAAAGAUCCUUUCAAGGAAAAUGGUGGAGGCAUUGAACUCUGCUUUAGCUUAUUUGAUUGAUAGAGUGAUUAGUUAAUCCUCUACUAUUAUUACUUCUGUAAAUUUGUUUGACACACAGGAUAGGCGCCUUCACAGGCUAACCUUCAUUAGACAUUCAUUCACUGUGAUAGAUGUUAGGAUGCAAUCUUUUGCCACAUAUGAGAUAGUAGUAACGUUUCUUAUCUCUUAUACGUCCCGUCUUUAGGAUUUUCCGAAUAUCAAAAACCAAUGUUCAAGAGCUUUGAGAUCUUCACUGAAUGUUUGAGCAUCCUUUCUUGAAAGGAAUUGUUGUCUCUC